GGUGUCAUGACUAAGAGGUGGGAUAUGUAGUCUUUGUUGUGGUUUGGAUGAUGCCUCCAUAAGAGGGGAAGGUUGAGAGGAUUCUCGGCUACACUCUGACAUCACUCUCCUGAGAGACUGAGAGCUCCAAACUUUCUGCAUGUCUUGUCCGUUGCAAACUGUCUAACUGAUCGAAAUGGGUGAAUGGGACUUGCUGGGCCGGCUGCUGGACAAAGUGCAGUCCCACUCCACGGUCAUAGGGAAGAUCUGGCUAACGGUCCUGUUUGUCUUCAGGAUCCUGGUCCUUGGGUCCGGGGCAGAGAAGGUGUGGGGGGACGAGCAGUCAGACUUCGUCUGUAACACAGACCAGCCGGGAUGUGAGAACGUCUGUUAUGACCACGCCUUCCCCAUCUCACACGUCCGUUUCUGGGUGCUUCAGAUCAUCUCCGUUUCCACCCCAACCCUGGUGUACCUGGGCCAUGUCCUCCACAUCAUCCACGUAGAGAAGAAAGUCCGGGAGAAGAUGAAGAAGCAAGCACAGGAUGAGCAGGCCAAUAACUUCCUGAAGAAGGGCUACAAAGUCCCCAAGUACAGCAACGACAAUGGAAAGAUUAACCUGCGUGGCCGUCUGUUACGCAGUUACGUACUGCACGUACUGGUGAAGAUCCUUCUAGAGGUGGGGUUCAUCGUGGGACAGUACUACCUGUAUGGCUUCACCCUCCAGGCCCGCUUUAUCUGUGCUCGCUUCCCCUGCCCUCACAAGGUGGACUGUUUCCUGUCCAGACCCACAGAGAAAACCGUCUUCAUCUGGUUUAUGCUGGUGGUAGCCUGUGUGUCUCUACUCCUCAACCUCAUUGAGCUCUUUUACCUGUUUGUCAAAUCAGUCAAAGAGUGUCUGGACAGGCGGCAGGACUACACAGUGACCCCGGUCACCCCUGUCCUGGAGAGGAAGGCCUUUGAGAACAAAGACCAGAUGAUCCAGAACUGGGUCAAUCUGGAGUUGGAGCUGCAGGGAAGGAAGCUGGGCAGUGGGGUGACGAAAAGUGUGGCUUCUGAGGAAAACACUGCUAACAUGGGGGAAGUCCACAUCUAAGAUGUCAGCUUUUGUACACAUUCUUUUUCACAAAUGUUGACUCAAUGAUUCGCAUGCCAGUCUACAGCCAUAUAUAUUUCUCCUAAACAUUAAGUAACAUAUUCAUUGUGUUUUUAUGUGAUAAAGGAUUCAUGUUUGAGCUUGUACCACGGGAAAUAUAUUGUCUAAUAUAAAUAUGUUUCUUUAUAUUAGAUGCAUUUCUUAAUUUUCUAAAUAUUUCUUUGGGAUUUGUAUUAUUGGUUGUGACAUUGCAUGUAUAUGUAGAUGUCAUUCAUAUAACACUAUAAUCUUGAUUUAAUAAAUUAUUAUUUUAAG